AUGGAGGAUGCUACCGCCUUAUCGCACCCUUAUCCGUUUGCUGUCACAGCCAGCACUUCAGCCGCGGCCGACGCUUGGCGCCCUGCCUGCCAUCUGGCGGCAACGCGUUGCAACGCGAAUCAUCCCCAGCUGCCACCAGAGGCGGGAGUGUAUGGUCGUGGGCGCGGCGUCGACGCCGCCUGCCGCCGCCGCCUGGCGCCGUUCCGGCCGCCCGGGCCGCCCUCCCCGCAGAGAGCGCGCCACGGGUACUUCGAGGACGGCGACGGCCCGCCAACGCCAUCGGCGCGCGCGGAGACGGCGCACCUGCUGCGCGUCGGCUUCUGCACGGCAAGACGCCCUCACGCCCGUCUGAAGCGGGCCGUCGCCCCGCAGGUGAGUGGGUGCAACGCCAGGGCGGAGUCCAUCCACCUGCCUGACGGUGGGCAGGGCGUGUACAGCGCGGACGGCGCAUACGCCUGGGCUUCCGCUAACCAGAAAAAAAAAGCAACUGGGCUGGAAGAAAGAGCGACGUGGCCGGGCGACCGAGGCGGUUACGAGUGCCAGGGCGGUGCGCGCACACGCGCCGCGUGCGCAGAUUCCCUCAAGGUCAUAGCGCCGGAGGUGACGGUGGUGGACGAGGGCGGGCACCGCGUGACGGAGCGUCACUACCGCACGGGCAGCACCGUGGAGCUGACGUGCGUGGCCACGCAGCUGCACCCGGCGGACGGCGCCGUCGAGUGGCGGCGCGACGGCGCGCAGAUCGUGCGCGGCGUCAGCAACGCCAGCGCCGGCGCCGGGGGGGCGGUGGGCUCUGUGACGUCGACGCUACGCCUCCCGCGCGCCUCCCGCGCCCAUUCCGGCAACUACACGUGCGCCGUGGGGCGCGUCGCGGCCGCCACCGUCGCCGUGCACGUGCUCAACGGUGCUGAGCAGCAGUCAAUGUCAUGCGCUACCUGAACUUCACUGGGCCAUUCUCCUAAGGCUGGUUAAGAGGAACUUUGGUUUUCAACUUAUGUGCCAACCCACUGCUACUUUUGUUUAACUGCUGCUGUGGUGCAAAUACGUUUUGCCGAACACCUUGAAAACCAUUCAUGUUGACAGAUUUUAGAAACAGUUCCAGUGUAAUAGGAAAAUAAAUGUUCUCUGCUUUCCGCAUGUGAUAUGAAGGAAGCAAUGAUAGGUCUGAUGUACCAUAAACAAACGCAUAUGUAUCUACUGUGAAAAUAAUGAUGUAAUCUUGUGUACCGCAAUAAUACUGUGAAUGAAUUCACUAUUUUUAAAAAUGUGAAGUUUUUAUUAAAUUAGUUGUAGAUUUACCAACAUUGAAGAAUGUGAUUAUGAGAAUAUUUAAAAGUGUUUAAAGAAAAACUCCGUGUGAAGUAAAUUCCGAGAAGUACUUGAAACUUCUCGAACAAACUUAUCGUCGUCAAACUGUUAAAUGCAUUCUGUAUAUUUGUCUCCAUUCAUUCAAGUGUCAUGUGGGACCAUGAAGUUUUGAAAACUAGAUAUUGUUAGAAAAUAUAACUUUCAACAUAGAAUAUGAAUAUUGUCUGUUUUCAAGGCUAUGCUGUAAAUGAGUGAAAAAGCAAACAUGUAAACAUAUUAUGUAGAAUCGUUUAUUUAUCCCCAAAGCAAUUUUAAAACAAGAGUACUCGCUGAAUUCGAAAGUGUAAUGAAAUUAUAAAUGACAACUAAUAUGUAUGUUCAUUAUUAAUGUAUGUCAUUGUUAAAACUUAUUAAUGUAACUGAUUGAAAUAUUAAUUUUGUUGGAAGAGUUGCAACAUGUUCAAUUACUUUAUGAGAGGUAUAUACAUGU